CAUCAAAAACCCCAGAAAGUAAAAAACAAUCCCAAAUUCCCAUGGGAUCUUCAUUCCAAAGAACUGUAUCAAUUUUCUUAGCUUGCUUCCUAUGUUUCACCCAAAUUUCUCCCAUUUCUUGCGGGGAAAAAGUGUCCUUGACUUUGUAUUACGAAAGCCUCUGUCCUUAUUGUUCCAAUUUCAUUGUCAAUUAUUUACCUAAGGUUUUCAAGAAUGGACUUAUUGAUGUUGUUGAUCUUAAGCUUGUUCCAUGGGGUAAUACUAAGAUCCAAGCUAACAACACCUUCAAAUGCCAGCAUGGUAAAGCUGAAUGUUUUCUGGACACUGUGGAGGCGUGUGCAAUUGAUGCAUGGCCAGAUUUGAAUGAACAUUUUCCUUUCAUUUACUGUGUGGAAAGUCUGGUCUACCAUAAGAAUUAUACCCAGUGGGAAACAUGUUUUGAAAAGCUGAAUUUGAAGGCAAAGCUUGUUAAAGAUUGUGUUGGAAGCGGGCGAGGGAAAGAGCUCGAACUACGGUAUGCAGCUGAGACAAAUGCCCUUCAACCUCCUCAUAAAUAUGUGCCGUGGGUGGUUGUUGAUGGCCAACCGCUUUAUGAUGAGUACAUGGACUUCAUAAGCUACAUCUGCAAAGCUUACAAAGGAGCUCCGGUGCCAGGUUGCAGCUCAACUGUCAAUGUCAUUAAAAUGGGAAGGAAAUUUACUCCUUUCUGUUUAAUGCAUACAGCCACUUCCAAGUUAUCAACUAUAGGUUCAGCUAUUACAUCAUGGAUGAACCGCGUUAAUCUGGCCGCAUCUGCUUAAUCCACAGGCUGCUCUAUGUGCCGAGUAUAAUGUAGGGCUCCUUGAUGCUGGUCCUUUUUAUGAAAUGAUGAAAUACUGUACUUGGUUAAUGCAUUUGUAAAAUACUUAUCAUGAUGGAUUAUAAUGAAGGUGCUCAAUUCUCUAAUCAUCUGUUUAUAGGAAAUGUUGUAAUAUGAGAAUUUGGUUUAAUUGGGUUGUGGAAACAGAAAGUAUUAAGUAUGGAUUUUUAAUAAGUUGUCUACAUGAAA